AUUCGGAGCAAAGAAUAGUAGACGAGUCACUGUAGUUCCACUUUUUGAUCUUGAUGCAAAUGUACUCUCAUCCUUCCCCGCAAAUUCGCCAAUGUGGGGCAUUUGCACUUACCUAGGUAACCCAUCUCCGCCACCCGUGGAUCCCGGCAUUGGAGUGCGAUGCAGAAGGAACAAUGCGGUUGGUACAUAAGUGCAUGGAGCUGUCAGCAUAUCCACUGCAAACUGCUACUUCUUCACCAUGGACCCAACAGAGUUCGGCAUCUCAACACUUCCCCUGCAACAUGAACCUUACCCUCUCAUUUCCCCGGAAACGCUACUCAACGCGAAUGCUGGCAAAGUGGCAAUAGUCACAGGUGCGGGACAAGGGAUUGGGGCCGCUAUUGCAGAGUCAUUGGCCAAGUCAGGAGCCAGCCUCGCCAUCCUCGAUAUCUCAACUGAAAAGUUGCAAACGACGAAAAAGGCAUGUGAAGCCCAUGGAGUGCGAGUCAAAGAGUAUGCAUGCGAUGUUACAGACGACGAGGCUGUGGUUUCCACAUUCUCCAGUAUCGAAAACGAUCUUGGCCCUGUCGACAUCCUCGUCAACAAUGCUGGAAUCAUAGACCAGAGGCCUUUGCUCAUGUCAACGUUUCCUGCUUUCUGGCGCCAGAUCGAAGUCAACUUCAAAGGCCCAUUGCUCACCACUCACACAAUACUACCGCGUUUCCGCGAUCGUGGUUCUGGUUGCAUCAUCAAUAUUGCCUCGCGAAGUGGAACCGUCGAUGUACCGCUUACACUGGGCUAUGUCACUUCCAAAGCAGCUCUGAUCCGAGCUACACAUACGCUACAGCGGGAAAUGGAGCUCGACAACCUUGACCCCGGAAUUCACAUGUAUGCUCUGCAUCCAGGUGGCGUUUUAUCGGCUAUCGGUGGUUCCGGUGCUGCCAAAGACGUUAUCGAAAAAUACGGGGAUGUGAGGGACGAGGAAUUCUUCAUGCAGUUGUUCAAGGACCAGCCCAGCUUGUGCGGGCAGACCUGCGCGUUUCUCGCCAGCGGAAGGGGCAAGGAGCUGCGGGGGUUGUAUCUGGACUGCAGACAGGAUCUUGGGAAGUUGUUGAGUGAGGGCAGAGACAAGCUGCUCAAGGCGAAGUUGAACACCUUGACCGUCAAUUUCCUAGAUGGCUAUUGCAACGAACCGUGAAUACGACAUCUGCUGGCUCGAUCGGUUUCUUUGG